AAGUGGCAGUAGUAGUGUAGCUUGUGAAGCUUUGCCGGUGUAGUGAGGUUAGCCUGAAAGCGUGGUGUACCCGCUAGCUGUUAUUGUCAUUAGAAUUUGCCGUUGGCCAUGAAAUUCUGAGCCACUGACAGAAUUCGUGGAGACACUGUAACGUGCGAUAAUGGAUAUUCCGUCUUUGCCGGAUGGGGUAUCAGUUUAUUCAGCGUUCAUAGCACUGCACAGAAUCCAGCUUGAAUCAUCUGGUGUACCAGAUCUUUACUGGAAAACGCUGUGCAGAAAACUAUACCAUCAAAUAUUUGACGCAGGGAAUACUUUUUCUGUUGCUCGGAUUGAAUAUGACGAGGACGACGACAGUGGUGAUUAUGUCAACACUUACAGACCACAGCAUCGUGUUUUCAUAUCGUGUGAAGCCGGCGUGGAUGCUUCGGACCCACAGCAUAUCUAUCUGAUUGAUCAUGCAUGGACGUACCGUGUCGAUUCCGCGAGGCAGAAUUUGAGAAGUAUACCGGCUUUGCUUGAUCGUAUGGCUCACUUGAUGGGUGUUCAGGAAUCCGCGGAUGAGCAUUCAGAGGUUCUGAUCAACAAGGUUUUCGACGAAAUGUGGAAAUUCAACCAAACAUACUCAGUUCCUUCACGGGAUGACAUUGAAGAAAGCAUGCCAGUUUGGUAUGUGAUGGACGAGUUUGGUUCUGCAAUCCCGCACUCUGAUAAUCCAACGUUUAGGACUGUGCCAUUUAUUUUCCUACCCGACCAAAUCACGUACACACUGUUAUUUCCUAUUGAAAAUGUGGAUUAUGGCGAAGAAGUAACAAGAGACUACAUUGAAAGUUCUCGAUACGAUUCCAAAACUAGAGAUGCACUUCUAAUUCCAUGGGUGCCAAAAUCAUUUCUUUCAGAACCUUUCCAAUAUUCAGAACCAGAUAGUUCGUAUUUCUUGCAAGGGCAUACGGCGGAAACAUUGCCAAACGCAUCAAAAAUUGCGACAGUCAGUGUCACUUCAAAGGAUAAGAUACUAGUUUUUUCUCAGUAUGCUUAUGUUAAUGAUUAUCUCACGCAUCCUAAAUUUGAAAUAACCCACGACGAGGAAAAUGCAGACAUCCUUUGGUAUACUCAACAUUUCAAAGACUUCAAGGAAUUCAGUCAAUCGUGUUCUGAAAAAUUUGUAAAUCAAUUUCCAUUUGAACACGUAAUAACAGUUAAAGACCUCCUUGCCAUUGUGUGUCGUCGGGCGGCCAAGGAAAGUGGCAGUGUUUGCGAAGACACACUAGUAACAUACCCAGUUUGGCUACCAACCACAUACAACUUAAAGACAGAGCUACCUAAAUUUGUCUCUUACUAUCAGCACAGGGCAGAGAAGGGUCUAGAUAACCAUUGGAUAUGCAAACCAUUUAAUCUUGCGAGGGGUUUGGACACACACAUUACAGAUAAUUUGAACUAUAUCUUAAGACUUCCAUUAAGUGGACCAAAAAUAGCACAGAAGUACAUUGAGGACCCUGUACUUUUUCAAAGACCCGAUUGUGGCGCUGUGAAAUUUGAUUUAAGAUAUGUUCUGUUAGUCAAGAGUAUAAAACCAUUAUCAGCAUUUGUAUAUCGAAAUUUUUUCUUGCGAUUUGCAAACAAACCAUUUGAUUUAAAUAAUUUGGAUGACUAUGAGAAACACUUCACUGUUAUGAAUUACAAUGAAAAUGCAACACUCUAUCGAAUGCUAUGUGAUGAUUUUGUUGUGAAAUUUGAGCAACAGUAUCCUAGUGUAUCCUGGAAAGAAAUAGAAGAAAAAAUAUUUUCCUUAUUUAGAGAAAUGCUCAGUGCAGCAUCAAGCAAGAUGCCCCCUGCUGGAAUAGCAUAUAGCCCCCAGUCGAGGGCUGUGUAUGCAGCAGACCUUAUGUUGGCUUGGCAGACAGAUUCCAAUGACAGAAAAUCCAUGCAGCCAAAGCUACUGGAGGUGAAUUGGACACCUGACUGCAAAAGAGCUUGUGAAUACUAUCCUGAUUUUUAUAAUGAUAUUUUUUCUGUGCUUUUCUUGGAUGAUGUUAAUGAGAGAAAAUUUGCAUGCUUGAAAUGACACAUGCUAAGAAAUAUUUCAGAAAUUAAAUCACAUACCCCAGUUCUAAUUAAAUUGUUAAAAGUGAUAUUUAUGAAUGUAGCCUACAUGUCUUGACAUUUCAGCAGAAUUGUCAGAUAACGAGUUGGGGAAGCUCAGGCCAUCCCUUGGUCAGUCUAAGAUUUUUUUGUCCUGGCAUGACUCACUUCAUACUUUUAUAGCCUAGUGUGUUCAUAUACUGUAUUGGAAGUAAUCCUGUAAUUCAUUGGAUGUGCUUAUUUUGACAGAAGAGAGAAGCAGGUAUGGAAUGAGACCACGGCUAAUAAAAACUGCCUGUUGUUGAAACCAACCUUCAGGACAAUGAUAAUUUUAACCUUUUUAUGUAAAUAGUCUGUACAUUUAAUUAGUGCUUGAAUAUAAUGUAUAUGAAACCUGAGUCUUUUAUAUUUUUGUAUUCAUACUAAAUCAGGUCUCUCUUCAUCAUGUCAUGACAUACUGUGAAGGAAACUGUAAGGCAUAGGCCUACAGUUUUAUACAUAAUACCCACUGAAAUACCAGUGGAAGAUUUCUUCAUUAUGUAAUACAACAGUUUGCUUCCACUUUUAUUUAUUUAUAAUAACUAUGAUAAUAAUAUUAAAUACAGAGAGACAGUUGGCAACAAUGGGAUGUUUCUGAAAUUAGAAAUGACCUAACCAGUCUCAAAGCAGGGUUAACAUGUCAGAAUGACAUGUAUUCAGUGUGGAGCAAGUGUUGCAUGUGACAAGCAAAGACACCUUAGUUCUUGCUACAGGUCAUUUUGCUACCAACACCUUCAAUUCACAUUCAUAUUUUUUUGGUUUCACCAAUUCAUAACUAAAUUGUCACUUUACACCUUCACGUAGACAAAUGGUCAUCCACAGCAGAUACUUUGCUCACCUCGUCCAAGAUUGAGGAAAGGAGGUGGAGUGGUUAGGUACUACCACAUUUGAAACAAAUUUUCUUUACCACUAGCUUCUCCUCCUUCCAGGCACUGUUUGCACCAAUUUUAGAAACACCACUGAUUGCACUGUUUGUUUCAGACUAUUGAAUGCACUAUCAGUUGUAAACAUAAUUAAUUCACUCUGGUAUAAUUUCAAACUGUGGAUAUUUUUUGUAAACUCCUGAGAGCCUUGGCAUUUGCUCAAGUAGAGGCUGUCUCAUAAUACAGAUUUUGAUUGUUUGCACUAUACAGGCAGCUUGCCGUCAUUAAUUGGCCUGUGAGGUGUGUGUGUUCUCUCUGCCUCUUAACUUUAAGAAAAGAUUUUCUGUAUUGAUUUGUUAUUUUAAGAUUACUUAAAUUUCUUUAGAAUGUGCUACUUGGAGGAUUGCAGUCAGAGUCCACAUUAAAUUGUGUGUCCCUAUAACUAGCAGGUAAAAGCCAGUCCAUGGAUCAGGGGAAGCAAGUGUAUUUCACCUUCAAUACGAUUAUGUCUAGGAAAACACUGUAGUGUUCAAACCAAUAUCUUUACAUCAAAACUUUUAAUCAACAACUAGGUUGUUAUUACAGCCAUUCUGUGGUGAAUCUUUCCUCAAGUGGAUGAGAGACCAGCAAUGUAUGCAAGAAUGUCCGUGAAGACAUAGGAGAGAGGUCUUGAUGCAAUAGAGCUUUGGUGCUGGUAGACAGAGGUGUACUGUUGUUUUCUGAGACGUGGCUAUGUUGUCUUGCUAAAGGCAUAAUCCAGGUUUCUGUAAAAUUCUGACUAAAUUUUAAUCUGUUAGAGAGGAUACACUGUGCUUCACAGUGGAAGCCUCCUUAUUUCUCACUGUUAUUUUUUGAUUCAGCUGUCAUCAACUCUCAUAUGCCGGAGAAGUGUAUUACUUCUGUGAUGUAACUUUAAAACAAAUCUCAGGACAGCAGUCAUGCAACAUUAGAAACUGUACUUUGAACCAAAUGAAUGAAAAAUAAAAAGUAAUGUAUGCACACAAGAUUCACAUGAACAACGUGAAAGGUUCACAUGAAAAUUAAGUAGUUCAGUCAUUACUUGUCGGAAAGAAUACCACCACCACCACCAUCUGUGUGACCACAGAGUUGCAUGUUUCAGUUUCACCAAAGGUGUGUCUACCACAGGAUCAUCCUUUGGGUGAUAUAAAUAUUGAAGUAUCAGUAAGAAUGAGAACUGUAUUCUCGGUUAAGAUGAUUUUGUGCAUUCUAAACACACACUAAGUACUUUUUUUUUUAAUCUUAGUAAGCUACAUUUACAUUUGUAAUAAGACAUGAGAUAAGUAAAAGGGUGCUAUGAGGCGAGCACAGAAAAGAAUAUAUGAAGUUAAGGACCAUGUGUUCUUUUAACAGCUGGAAACUGUGAGCCAAUACCUUGAAAAAAAUAAAAAAGUUGCUCAAAUCUAUGUAAUAAAUAUUAUUUUUGUGAGAAGCUCUGUGAAGUGUCAAUUGCAAUAUUUUAUUGUGUUCGUGUGGAUCCUUGGUGCUAACAACACUCUCAUUCUUUGGCACUGCUUGUGCACUCUCCUUUCUUUUUUUGUCUGUUUGUAAUUAAUGUUCUAGCAUUAAUGUUGCCAUUGCUGCUGGUGCUACAGUGCCUGUGUUUUUUCUUUGGUACUCCCAAAAAUAAUUUAAUUUGACGUGUAUGUUGUGUGAAGUACUUUAGUUUAAAUACGUAUUAACUUAUGCUGGGUCACCAGAAUUAAUAAAUACAGUCUUUGGAUAACAGUUGUAAGUAUGGUGUACUUAAUGUUGUCAGAGAUGUUCUGAAUGACCACUGCCAGUAGCAGCUGACAUCCAGUGGCUACAGUUUCUAUGAGGAAUGUGCACACACAAUUUUUGUAUGGUGUGGUAUCUCGUGCAAGAUUUUAUAAGUUAUUUAUUGUUCAAUAUUUGAUAGUUGGCACAAUGCUUUCCUGCAAUACAAUACAUUACCAUUAUUAAUAAGACAGCAUUUCCUCAUUUCUCUGGCACACAUUAGAUAAAGAAGAUUAACACAGUGGGGGAGACUUAAACAUUGGCACUACAAAUAAAUUUGUGGCAACUAACAUUUUGCUAAAAAAAGGUGCCUCAAGAGGCAAAUUGAAAAGACCAGUAAAAUGUUCAUUGCCAUUGCACAUUAUCAUUUUGUAUGUGUUCUGCCAAUCCUUAGUUGCAGUUAUAUUACUAUCCAUGGAGAUGUUUCAUC